CAAUAAGAUAAGAUGGAGCAAAAUGGCGUCCGAUAGUGCACACUUUGUGUAGCUAUCUAUACUAAGUGCAAUUUUUCUAACCUUGAUCCUGGUUUAUCCUGUGUCCUGUUGUGUGUGAGGUGAAAAAACUCCAGUUUAUCUUAUUGAGAUCAAAAUUGCGGUACUUUGUUAAUCUAGUGACUUUACAAUACGCCCGUAGCAAGGUGGCUCUCAAGUUUAUCUCUGGCAUAGAAGCAAAAUAAAAAAAAAUUUUUAGUAUUGCUUAAAAAGCCAUCCAGUAUGGAUACCAAAACUCUUCCAAGUCUUUUGAGUUUGAAAGUGGCCCCUCCAUCAGAGUUACAAAAUCAGAAUGUUGAUGAUGGAAUUGGAGAAGGAGACGGUAAUUCUGUCAAGCUUCCAGCUGCUUUGGAGCAAGCCUUGGCAUUUAAAACAGAAAGGGCUAAAGAAAUAGGCAGCGAUCCUGACAACGUUAUUUCUGUAAGUAAAUCACCAAGAGAUGAUAGCGAGGAUACUGCUCAGAUAGAAGAUGCUAUAACGGAACUGGAACAAAAAUCAGAGAAAAUAGAAUCCAAAUCGAGCAAGACAAAGAAGAAGAAAAAGUCAAAGAGGAAGAGACACAUUGCGGAAAAGAAAGAUGCCGAACAAAAGAAGGACAAUAUAGAGGAUCCUAAGAGUAAAGAAGAUUUGCCAGAAAUAGAAUAUAUACAAGAAAUACCGAGCAUAAAUGAUUUAGAACCAAUGUACCGUCAAUUUGCUAGAGUCUUUGAAGCAUUUAAACUUGUCGAACCGGAACCGAGUCUGAACGACGCGGCUGACAAGGGUGAACCUAUCGGGCAGUAUCCACCAGUGACAAAUAUACAAACCGCUGGCACUGGUGUACCGAGUAAGGUGCCGUUGUUAGAUGAUUUUGAUGACGAUGCAAAUCAACAACAACAACAACAGGGUACUGGUGAGAAUGGUGCUCCGCGGCUGUCUAAGAGAAAACUCAAGAGGCUUACACGGCUAAGCGUAGCGGAAUUGAAGCAACUGGUAGGUCGUCCGGAUGUUGUGGAAAUGCACGAUGUUACCGCGCGAGAUCCGAAGCUGCUUGUACAAUUGAAAGCGCAUCGAAACACGGUUCCGGUACCGAGGCAUUGGUGCUUCAAACGGAAGUAUCUUCAGGGCAAACGCGGUAUAGAGAAACCACCGUUUGAUCUACCAGACUUCAUAAAACGCACCGGUAUCACGGAGAUGAGAGCGAGUCUACAAGAGCGCGACGACACGCGUACGCUGAAGGCGAAGAUGCGGGAACGAGCGAGGCCCAAGUUGGGUAAAAUUGAUAUAGAUUAUCAGAAGCUGCACGACGCCUUCUUCAAAUGGCAAACAAAGCCGCGCAUGACGAUUCACGGCGAUCUUUACUACGAGGGCAAGGAAUUUGAGACGCGCUUAAAGGAGAAAAAACCGGGCGAAUUGUCGGAUGAGUUGCGUACAGCACUGGGCAUGCCAGUUGGACCGAAUUGUCAGAAAGUACCUCCACCGUGGCUCAUAGCUAUGCAACGUUACGGCCCACCGCCGAGUUACCCGAACCUCAAGAUACCCGGUUUAAACGCACCCAUUCCGGAGGGUUGCGCUUUCGGUUAUCAUGCAGGUGGAUGGGGAAAACCGCCGGUGGAUGAAACGGGUAGACCACUCUACGGAGACGUGUUCGGCGUGUCCCGUACAUCCGGCGCAGAUGCUAUGGACGAGGAGAUAGAUCGGGGAAUGUGGGGCGAGCCGGAAUCGGAGUCAUCGGGCGAUGAGGAUGAGGACGAGGACGCCGAGGAGGGCGGCGAAGGCGGCGAGGGCGAAGGAAAGGACGGAGACGACGAUGGCAGCGGAUUGGUCACACCCGGUGCCGAGGGCUUAAUCACGCCGAGUGGCAUCACGUCGAUCCCAGCAGGUCUGGAGACUCCAGAGACCAUUGAACUGCGGAAGAAGAAGAUAGAGAGCGAGAUGGAGGGCGGCGAUACGCCCGCGUUGUAUACGGUAUUGCAGGAACGUCGUACGGAAGGUCUGGGCGCCAGUAUGAUGGGCAGCACGCACGUGUAUGAUAUGACGGGGGCGGCGGGUGGCCAGGCACCGCCAUCCGUAAUCGCUGCACGUCGCGGCGGAAUCAGCGGUAGCGCGAGCGAUGCUCGUGCGGAGAAGGACGGGGCGGUAGAGCUGACGCUGGAUCCUAGCGAGUUGGACCUUGAUUCCGAAGCGAUGGCAUCCAGAUACGAGGAGACGAUGAGAUCGAGGCAAGCGCAUCUCAGGAGGGAAGAUCUAUCUGAUAUGCUGCAAGAUCAUGUACAACGGCAAAAGAGUAAACGCAAACGUCAGCAAAUCCAGGACACGAAAACAUCUAAAAAAUAUAAGGAAUUUAAAUUUUAAGUGUAUUAUUUUUGCACAUGACUAAAUGUAUUAUAUAAGAAUGAAGUUGUUUGGUAGCAUAAGAUUGGAUUUAUUGUAAUGCACUACUUUAAUAAGAGAUCAUAAAACAUUA